AUGACGACCCGGGGCCGGCCAGCUUCCAGGCAAGCCCCCGCCGUAGCAGGCCUGCGAGCGUCAGCAGCAGAGGACGAGGAAGAGCGACCGAGCAGGGACGCACGCGCGGAAUCCGCGGCGGAGUCAACCGCGUCGGAGGGAGGCGGCGGCGAAGAAGGUGUUUCGGAGAGCGGGGCGGCGGGGGGCGCUGAGAGCAUGGAGCUCCGGGAUUUCCGGGCUAGGCUCAUGUCCAAAGGCUUGGACGGGUGGGGUGGGGGUGGCGGGGAGCAGAGCGGCGGCGGCGACGGCGGCGGCGCGGGGAGUGCGAGCAUUGAGAGGUGGGCGCAUCCGCUUGUUCGGCCAGAGCUGGGUUGCUUGGUGAUAGCCAAGGAGGGCAUGUUCACGACCCAGCAGCAGUACUUUUACAAGGCGGUGGCGCUGGUGAUCCAGCAUGGUGACGACGGAACGGUGGCCCUCAUCCUCAACAGACCGACCACCUUCACCAUGGGGGACGUGUGCAAGGGAGACUUGUAACCGGUCCCAGGCAUGGAGGACAACGUGGGCUGUGUGGCUUGGUGUUCCGCGUGGAAGCGCUGUUGCUGCUGCUGUUGGGCUAUCGUUUCCAUCGUGUGCAGACAGAACGAUUGGAGUAUGGGCGGAAGGGUAACAAAGGCGUGAUCCGUCUGCCUGAGCCAUGAUCCUGCCAAGCUCAACCCCCCCAGAUGAAGCGACGUCGAAGCUAUCGGACUCAUUUUUCAGCACCACGUCAAUCAGACAAAUCUGGGGAAGGGUGGGGGGGGGGGUUGCAGACGCUGUGCUGUGUGUAGGGUGACAGCGAGAAGGAGGCAUGCCCGUGGAGCUCAAGGGCCUUCGCUAUGUAGCGCUCUCCUCUGCGAACAGAUUAGCACCAGCUGGCAUCACUGUUAGUAUUUCAGUGCAAGGCUAAAAUAGACUCGAAUAAGCCCCGUAUACAGUCGGUUUCUCUCCCACUCACAGUUGUAAAUGACUUCCAACACAAAUAGACUCAAUAUAAGCUCAGUAUCCAGCAGGUUUAUUCCCCCAUUCACUGCAACGACUUCUACACAUCCCCUUCGACUGUGAUUAUAUCUCGAACGGGCAGUUUUUCUUGGGUUGUAUCAGUAGCCCACGCAGGUUUUUCCAAUUACGCGAACAUACUGGAUAAAUUAUACGUCGAAUCGGCUAAGUUGGAGUUGGGGGCUUGGGUCUGCGUGCCCCCCCGCCUGGUCAUUUUUCGUCACACCUUACUUAUCCUUGCGUAGGCAUUCCACAAUAUG